AUGAUGGAAGAACCACCGCGUCGGCCUUCUACGCUUGAACGCAACCGAUUUACUGAGGACGGGACAAAGGUUCAAGAUGACGGGCGGAUUGAGAUCGACCUGGACUCUAGAGUGGGCAGGGAAGUGUCAAAAUUGAUACCAUUUUUGCAUACGGAAGAGCAAAAACAACCAAAACCAGAGCCCUCAGGCGACGACGGAUGUGGCCUCGAACUCAAUAUCGUGAUCCAAGUUGUUGGCAGCCGAGGCGACGUUCAGCCCUUUGUCGCACUAGGCAACGAGCUCCAGCGCCAUGGACACCGUGUACGACUAGCCACACAUGGUGUGUUUGAAAGCUUCGUGCGAGACUCCGGCCUAGAGUUCUACUGCAUUGGAGGAGACCCCUCGGAACUUAUGGCAUAUAUGGUGAAGAAUCCAGGACUGAUACCACAGAUGAGGUCCGUUAAAGAGGGCGAUAUUAAACGCAAGCGUGUUAUGGUAGGCCAAAUACUGCAGGGAUGCUGGGAAUCCUGUAUUGAGGAUGACCCAGUGACGAAGACGCCCUUUGUGGCGGAUGCAAUUAUUGCGAAUCCCCCAAGUUUUGCCCAUAUCCAUUGUGCGCAGGCACUUGGCAUCCCUCUACAUAUGAUGUUUACCAUGCCGUGGACUAGCACACGGUCAUUUCCGCAUCCCUUAGCGAACUUGAAAUAUUCAACUACAGAGCCGAAAAUGGCCAAUUACCUCUCUUACGGGAUUGUCGAAUGGCUGACAUGGCAAGGCCUCGGUGGUGUUAUCAACGAUUGGAGAAAAACUAUCGACCUAGAACCUAUAGCAGCCACCGAAGGGCCCCGUUUAGCAGAGACUUUGAAGAUACCCUUCACAUAUUGCUGGUCGCCUACAUUAAUGCCUAAACCAGUGGACUGGCCAUCACAUCUUAACGUCUGUGGCUUCUUCUUUCGCUCUCCUCCGGACUUCACACCGCCUCCAGAACUUGCCGCAUUUCUUGAAAAUGGCCCUCCGCCAGUGUAUAUUGGCUUCGGGAGCAUAGUCAUUGAGGAUCCCCCAGCUAUGACUGCCACACUCGUCGAUGCAGUGAGUCAACUAUUUUGGGGAAAUAUGCUUGCAUCCCGCGGGGUUGGACCAAUGCCCAUUCCACAUCGGUCUUUGAACACGGAGAAUCUAGCGGAAGCUAUCCGUUUUUGCCUGCAUCCUGAUACUCUAGCAGCAGCCAGUGAUGUGGCCCGCCAAAUGGCCGAGGAGGCUGGAGUUUCUGCGGCCGUCGCGUCUUUCCAUCGCAACUUACCGAUCGAUAAAAUGAAAUGCCAGUUUCUCGAUUCUGAGCCUGCUACAUGGCAAUUCAAACAAAACGCCACGUCCCCUGUGACUUUGUCAAAAAUGGCAGCGGGGAUCUUGCUUGAAAAUUCUUGUAUUGAUAUAAAGGACUUGAAAGCGUACGACAGCAAAUCCUUCUUUAUUCAAAAUCGCCGAUGGGAUCCUAUCACAGGCGGCACAUCAUCUUUACUAGGCAUGUACAAGGAUAUUCUCACAGCAUCAAGCGACGUUGUUAUUCGGCCCUACAAAGAGUUUAGUCGCGCCCGUCAACAGAGUGAGCCAGAGCUCGUAGUCAUCGAGACUGCCGAUCCCCACCCCGAGCGGAGUCCAUCCGAAGACAUCUCACGUACUUCUAGCAGCGUGAGCAUGACAAGUGAAGAACGAAGAGUUAUGGGAAAAGCAGUGGGGGGAUCUGCCAAAAGCGUGGGGAGGAUCAUAGCUUACUACUACAAGGGCGUUCUGAUAGACAUACCUGGAGCAGUGAACGAAGGUCUGAGAGCUGUUCCCAGACUCUAUGGCGAGGAGGUUAAAGACUACGAUAACAUCACAGACUUCAAAUCUGGGGUUUUAGCGGCUUCGGACAAUUUUAUCCAUGGGUUCUCCCAUGGACUCAGUGAUAUCUUCCGGCAGCCAUACGAGGGUGCCCAGAAAGAUGGAAUUAGGGGUGCACUCAAAGGAGUUGUGAAAGGACCGAUUGGCAUGGGCACAAAAGCUGCAUCAGACCCCCUCGAUAACCAUCAAACGACACCAGACUUGCCAGAGGAAACCGAUAUCCUAAUUAUCGGUGGCGGCUAUGUCGGAGCCUCGGCCGCUUAUCGCUUGCUCGCGGAGAACCCGCAAACUCCAACCCCCCGCGUGGUAUUAGUUGAGGCCCGGGAGCUCUGCUCCGGUGCCACCGGGCGCAAUGGCGGUCAUUUGAGACCGGAUAUCUAUUCAGCAACAGCCUUGUUCACUGAGCGCUAUGGCAUCGAAGCAGCAGCGGAGAUCGUACGGUUUGAAAUCUCGCACUUGAAGCUCGUCGAGGAGCUGGUCCGUAAAGAGAACAUUGAUUGUGAUCUUACUUUCACCCGCUCCUAUGAUAUGUAUGUUGACGAAAACGAGCUCAAAAAGGCGAAAGCCUUCUACGACGUUUUGGUUGAGCAGGGGCUGGAUUUCAUGGAGGAUGUUAAAUACAUGUCUCAAGCCGAGACUCAAGAUACGGCACAUGUUCGAGAAGCCAAGGGGGGCUUCAGCUUUUCAGCAGGCCAUCUCUGGCCUUACAAACUCGUUGCUCAUCUCAUUCGGGUUGCCGUUUCUAAUGGCCUGAACCUACAAACCAAUACCCCGGUAUUCGAAAUAGGAGAAACGCCAAACGAAAAUGGAUCCUGGCCGGUAACUACCAGUCGUGGUGUGAUUAACGCGCACAAGAUUAUCCUCGCAACGAACGCGUUCACCAGCGCCCUGGCACCGGAAUAUUCCAAGGCUAUCAUUCCAUGCAAGGGGAUCUGUAGCCAGAUCGCUGCAGAACCUGGUGCACCUCGUCAGGAGCUUUCGGGUACCUAUGUGAUUCGAUAUGGUCCGGGGGCGUAUAUCUAUCAAAUUCCUCGCAAUGAUGGGUCCCUCAUUGUUGGAGGUGCCUCGCACCUUUUCAAAGAUGAUCGGGAGGAGUGGUAUAACAACACAGAUGAUAGCAAGUUGAUUAAGGUUACUGCGGAUUACUUGGAUGGCUAUAUGCAACGCACAUUCCUUGGGUGGGAGGACAGUGAAGCGCAGAUCAAACAUAUAUGGGCUGGUGUCAUGGGAUAUAGUGCAGACUCGUUGCCUCAUGUCGGUUGUAUUCCGGGUAAACCAGGUCAGUUUAUCGCGGCGGGAUUCAAUGGUCAUGGUAUGCCUGUCGCAUUUUUGUCUGGCAAGGCCAUUGCAGAUAUGGCCCGGAGUUCAGUUGCAUUCGAGGAUACUGGUUUGCCCAGAUUGUACAAGACAUCACUUGCUAGACUGGAGCCGGAUUUUGAUGAUAUCCUAGGCUAG